CCCAGCCUUUGUAGCUAACCCUAAGAGGGAAGCCGCAAACCACUAGCCUCUUCUGAAAAAGAGACUAAAUUUAGGGCCCUUCGUCUGCAGACCCAUUGGCGGACUGUGUCUUGGGAACCCUCUUGGCCUCUGGAAGAGAAAAGAACGGGGGCCAGUUUUCCGCACCAAAAGGAACGGCCCGUCUGGGCUUCAUCCCGUCUGUGUAUUUCCUAGGCCCCAAACGAUAGAGCCAUAUGGCUUCCGCAGUCUGGGGGAGUGCUCCCUUGUGGGGCCCACCGCCCCCAGCCCCAGCCCGGCCGCUCACGGACAUCGACUUCUGCUCUGGGGCGCAGCUGCAAGAACUAACCCAGCUGAUCCAGGAGCUGGGUGUGCAGGCGAGCUGGAGUGAAGGUCCCAAGCCAGGACCAGAUCUCCUCCAGGCCAAGGACUUUGUUUUCUCUUUGCUUGGUCUCGUUCACCGCCGGGACCCUCGCUUUCCUCCUCAGGCAGAGCUCUUGCUGCUUCGUGGCGGGAUUCGCGAGGGCUCCCUGGAUCUGGGGCCUGCGCCUCUAGGUCCCUACGCUCGGGGACCUCACUACGACGCCGGCUUCACACUGCUGGUGCCCGUGCUUUCGCUAGAUGGCACUGGGCAGGAGCUGCAACUGGACGUGGGAUCCUGUUACGCAUGGCUCUUCCUCCCAGAGCAGGUACGCGGAACCUCGGUCCGGGAGGCAUGGCAGGAUUGCCUAGGACCCCCAGUCCCAGGAGGACGUGAUUCGAUCCACCCAGCCCAAAGCAAAGAAACUCCCAAGGAUCCGCAAAUCUCCGUGGACCAGCUACACGUCACUGAGCCUGAGGCACACGAGUCUUUGGAAAACUCACCUAGUAAUGUUUCAGUGCCAGAGCUGCCUCAACAAGACGUAACCGAUGUUGACUUUCCCUCACCACUGAAAAAAACGAAUGGUGACGUCACCAAAGCAGCCGAAGUUAGCCCAGUGCCACAGCCGUCGGAGGCUCCGGAGGCAUGGCCCACAUUGUGCCCCGCCCAGGUGGCUGCCUGGUUCUUUGCUUCACUGGCUGCAGUCGCUGAGUCCCUGUUUCCGGUCCCGGGUGCCCCGCGCUUGGUCCACGCAGCCCGCCACGCGGGGGUCACCACCAUCCUUGUGGCUACGCCCGGACCCCCGCGCCGCCUCUUGCUUUUCGACUUGAUCCCCGUGGUGUCCGUGGCCGGCUGGCCCCAGGGGGCUCGGAGCCACUCGUGGGCCGGCCCGCUGGCCUCGGAGUCGUCUUCCUUCUACCUGGUGCCCGGCGGCGGCGGCACAGAGCGGCCGGACGCCUCCGGCUGGCAGCUCUGCUUCGCCCGCCAAGAGCUGGCGCUCAAGACGCGCAUACCCGUUCCCCUGCUGCAAGCGCACGCGGCGGCCCAGGCGCUGCUGCGCCCGCUGGUGGCCGGGACUGGGGUCGCGGCGCCCUACCUCCUGCGGACGUUGCUCUACUGGGCGUGCGAGCGGCUGCCCGCGCUCUAUCUGGCGAGACCCGAGAAUGCGGGCGCCUGCUGCCUCGGGCUGCUGGAUGAGCUGGGCCGGGUGCUCGAGGCCGGGACGCUGCCCCACUAUUUUCUGAGUGGCCAAAAGCUCCGUGCGGGGGACGGCGCCGCUUCGCUGCUCGGGGCGUUGGCUCUGCUUCGCAGGGACCCUGCCCGCGCCCUGCGCGCCGCUGUGGAAGAGGCCAAGGCUGCACGCAAGGGGGGCGGCUUAGCCGGCGUGGGAGGCGGGGCCCAUUAAAGACGCUGUUCCUACUAA